GGAUUAUUCAUAGAAUUGUUAUACCAGAGGGUCGCAGGCUUAUUCCAAUUGCAGAGAACCCACUUUCCAGGAUUCUGAGAGUCCCGGAAGUGCCUAAACCUGCCCUUGGGUUCUUCCCAUCACCCAGGGCGGGCAGCCAAGUGGUGCCUCCCGCGUCUGCUACCCCCUCCCUCGGCCCCUCCCCUCCGGCCCGUCCAGGGCAGGUGACCUGGAGGAUCAGGCAGGCUGCCCUGGCCUCCUGCGUCAGGACAACGCCCACCAGGGGCGUUACUGUGCCGGAUGCGCGGCGCAAAAGACACCCUUUGUAACUCUCCUCUCCACCCUAAUGCCAGGUUAAAACACUCAGCCCCACGUGCUGUUUGCAAACCUGCCUGAGGCCCUAAAAAGCCAGAGACCUCACUCCCGGGGAGCCAGCAUGUCCACAGCAGUCCUGGAAAACCGAGGCUUGGGCAGGAAACUCUCUGACUUUGGACAGGAAACAAGCUAUAUUGAAGACAACUCCACUCAAAAUGGUGCUAUAUCACUGAUCUUCUCACUCAAAGAAGAAGUUGGUGCAUUGGCCAAAGUAUUGCGGUUAUUUGAGGAGAAUGAUAUAAACCUGACCCACAUUGAAUCCAGACCUUCUCGUUUAAAGAAAGACGAGUACGAAUUUUUCACCCAUUUGGAUAAACGUAGCCUGCCUGCUCUGGCAAACAUCAUCAAGAUCUUGAGGCACGACAUUGGUGCCACUGUCCACGAGCUUUCCCGAGAUAAGAAGAAAGACACAGUGCCCUGGUUCCCGAGAACCAUUCAAGAGCUGGACAGAUUUGCCAAUCAGAUUCUCAGCUACGGAGCAGAGCUGGAUGCAGACCACCCUGGUUUUAAAGAUCCUGUGUACCGUGCGAGACGGAAGCAGUUUGCUGACAUUGCCUACAACUACCGCCAUGGGCAGCCCAUCCCUAGGGUGGAAUACACGGAGGAAGAAAAGAAAACAUGGGGUACGGUGUUCAAGACUCUGAAGUCCUUGUAUAAAACCCAUGCUUGCUAUGAGUACAAUCACAUUUUUCCACUUCUUGAGAAGUACUGUGGCUUCCAUGAAGAUAAUAUUCCACAGCUGGAAGACGUUUCUCAAUUCCUGCAGACUUGCACUGGUUUCCGCCUCCGACCUGUGGCUGGCCUGCUUUCCUCUCGCGAUUUCUUGGGUGGCCUGGCCUUCCGAGUCUUCCACUGCACACAGUACAUCAGACAUGGAUCCAAGCCUAUGUACACCCCCGAACCGUGAGUAC